UAUUCUCACGUGUUUAGUAUUGCGGUGGAUUUCCUGAGAGAUGAUACAGGAAAAUGCCUCGUUUCGAUCUGUCAGCUAUAAGUUAUGAAUUUCUUGCCCUCUCGUUCAUUGGCAACUGUGGAAUGAUGCUUCGUCGUGUCUCCUGAGUGUCUUCACAGCUUUGCCAAUCAGCUCUCAGCCGUCCGAGUCACACACACACACAAACACACACACUCACACAUCCAUCACUCAAGACUCACUGCUGUCCCUCAUACCAUCCACAUCUCCAGCAUUCUCCUCUCUCAACCAUCCAUCUCUCGCAUCCACACCAUGGUUACAUUUCAUAUUCUAGUGAUCUUCAGCAUCAUCACCGCCUCUUCCUCCCUCGAGCUGCCAGUCAGCGAAGUCCUCACCAUUGCGGAUGCUGAAUACAGUGUUCUUGACUUCAUCAGGUUAAGUUUCCAGCCGCUACUCAGCACAGACGCCCUUCAGCAGACCACUCUUGAAACUCUGGCGCCCUGGACCUUUUCCUCCCUCCGUUCAAGUAUAGAAGCCGCCACCACCUUCUGCGUCGCCUCCAAGGGAUCUUCGGGAAAAGCAGGAGCCGAGGCAAGUGAAGGGAAUGAAGAAAUGCCCAUGUCCUUGAGAAGAUUCGGCAUGGAGGACUCCGGGGACUCCUCCAGAUGGCAGCACGCCUUCACCACCUUCACUAAGGAGCUGGGGACUGCCUUAACCCUGCCAGGAGUGCUGAGGGACGCUGACCUCGCCUUCCUCGAGCUCACCAAGACUGGCGUGCACCACUCCCGCGCGGGCAGGGCAGGGCAAGGCCUCGGUGGCAGCGCCGUGGUGGUGUGCGUCGUGGAGGGCGUUCUUUCCUUCUCUCUCACGCCCCUGCCGCCCUCCCUCGCCGCCCUCCAAUGCGUUGCGGGCCAGUGCCAGGUGACCGUGAAGGCUGAGCAGAGGCAGGACAUCGCGCCAGACCUCUACCUCUUAACACAGACCACAACACACCCCCGCGCCUGCCUGUACGCGCCCCCCGGCUGGCAGUGGUCCGCAGCCGCCCUGCACGACUCCACCUUCCUGGUCUUCACGUGGGAGGAGGACCUUGUGAUCAGGGAGGACGUGGUGGCCGACCUGUUCCCGGAGGAGGGCAAUGAGGGGUCUGAGGGGACGCGGCGGGAACGAAGGGCGGGGGACACGCACGCUGUGGGAGGCGCUGCCGAAGGGAGCCUCGCCGCCCUCCCUGUUGCUGUGGGGGGACCAGAACCCGCUGCUCCACCUGCUGCGGCGCUACCUCCUCUCAGACCGCCACCUACAACCUCGAGUCCUUUCUUGAGGAGUUCCGCAUGGACCGUCUGCUGCUGCCUGAUUUAGUGGACUGCUCCAAGGAGUGCAUGGCUUCAGCUGCUGCCAUAUUUGUACUCCUGGACGCCGACGGGGACGGGGAGUUGACGCCCGCCGACGCCACCCAACUCACCCACGCCUCCUUCUCUGCCCUCACCCACAAGAUGGAUGACUUCGUGGAUGAACUGAAGGACCUCGCCAGGGAGCAGUGGGAGGGGAUGGUGGGGGGCCCUGCAGAGGAGCGUUCAGCCUUCCUGCAACGGGCCAAGGACCGCCUCACAGCCUCGGCCACGGCCACGGUGCAGCGCUGGAUCGCCGGAGACCUGGAGGGCGUGGACGAGAAGGCCUUGAAGGAGCAUCUGCCCAGCAUCCAUGAGCGUGUGUUUGCCGCCAGGGAGGUCGCCCCGCCUGAAGACAAAGAUGAGUUGUAGCUGUGUUGUUCGCCCUCUGUCCUGCCAACACCUCAGAAUUUACGCCCAGAGAAGGAAGUGACGUCACCUCUCCGCCUGCACCACUACGUUUUAGAAGGAAAAAGAAAACAGAGCGAAUAUAGUGACUUUAUUUCUGCAUAUGUACAAAAUACGGUGAGCCUGGGAAUCAGACUUCUUUUUGGAAAGCUUUAUGUAAACUAAGUUCUUUUAAUAAACUGAAAAAAAGGAGAAAAAAAAAUACACUCACCUUGAUACAGAAAAGAGAAUGAAUGAGGGAAAGAAGAGGAAUAUU